AUGUCUUUUGCCAAUAGUGAACUUCUGCCAAAUCUCGGAGGCUGGUUCCGUCCCUUGACUGGGCGCGCCCAAUAUAAUAAGAAGAACGUUGAUACUGCUCAGGCUGGUACCCUCAAGGUCGUUGGUGCCCUCGAGAAGCAUCUCCUUACUCAGACUUUCUUGGUUGGCGAGAGGCUUACCCUUGCUGAUUUGUUUGCUACCUCGAUUAUUGCUCGCGGGUUCCAAUAUGUCUUUGACAAGGAGUUCCGCAAAGAGUAUCCCAAUGUCACCCGUUGGUAUGAGCUGGUUCACAACCAGCCGAUCUACACUUCUGUCGCCGGCGAGCUUGAGUUCAUCGAUGAGGCUGUCAAGUACACCCCUCCCAAGAAGGAGCCGAAGAAGCAGGAACCAAAGAAAGAGGAGGAGGAGGAGGAGGAUAAGCCCGCGCCCAAGCCCAAGCACCCCUUGGAGGCUUUGGGAAGGUCUACUUUUGUUCUGGACGACUGGAAGAGGAUGUAUUCUAACUCUGAGACCCCUGAGGCCCUUGCCUGGUUCUGGGAGAAUGCCAAUCUGGAGGAGUAUUCUCUCUGGAGGGUCAACUAUAAGUACAACACUGAGUUGACUCAGAUCUUUAUGUCUAGCAACUUGAUUGGUGGUUUCUUCAACCGCCUGGAGGCCUCCCGUAAGUACAUCUUUGGAUCUGCUAGCGUGUACGGCGUAUCCGGGGACUCUGCCAUCUCUGGGUCCUUUGUGAUCCGCGGACAGGAGGGCCCUCCUGCUUUCGAUGUGGCACCUGACUGGGAGAGCUACGAGUACACCAAGCUCGACCCUAGUAACCCUGAUGACAAGAAGUUCGUUGAGGACACUUGGAGCUGGGAGCGCCCUGUCACCGUUGAUGGCAAGAGCUUUGACUGGGCUGAUGGGAAGGUCUUCAAGUAGGGCCUGGAGGGCUGAUGGGGGGCUUGGGAUUCUUCUUCUGGGCGAACUAAUUAGAUAAUUAGUGUUCUUGAGCAAUUCUAUCAAAAAUAAAAUAAAAUUCCUCGAUUA